GCUAUCCAAGAUUCCCCAUUCGCACAAGACUCUCUUCCAGAGUAAAGUAAAUCCCUUUUAGUCAACGCACUCCACUUCUUAUACCCAAGGUUUAACUCAUCGCUAGGCACAACGCAUCCAAGUGGACCAGUCACAAAAAACGCUAGCAUAGGAGCCCGCGAUCGACGUCGUGCAGCGACGCCGUGUGGUCCCCUUCAAACACAUCCGCAUCAACAAUGCCUGACGGUUCCACAUCUCCCCGCGAACCGGCCAACUCAGCCUACUCUACCCACGAACCACAAUCCAAGCGUCAUUCAUCUCCUCAAUCAGUAGCGAUGCCCGCAGCCCCCCGCUUCCAUCGCCAACAUACCUCUAGUCAAGACCAUGGGUCUAGCAGCACCCCCAUUUCACCGGCGGCGUCGUCGACUGGGCCACUCAGUCCCAGCAUUCCACCUGGAAGCUUCGUUUUUCCUAUCCGAUCCGUGUUUCAGGGCAUGGUCCAUUCUGACUCAUCAAACGGCAUAACAGAAGGUCAUCAGCAACGGAAAAAGGAUGGCUUGCAGCGCUCAUCCGGCAGCUCAAGCCCAUUACGGUCGCCGGCAUUGUCCGAUGCUCACCGCUUUUCCACAGAUGCGGCCGGGGCUUUGCAUGAUGAGCCAGAUGCCGGUAUUCAAACGAUUGCUCAAAUGUUACAGCAGGAUGGGAGUGCUCCGCUUAAAGAAAAAGGCAAACAUCAGCCAGGCGUGGCGACUUUCGUGGGUAAGGCUGAAAGAGACCGUAACGGGUCAGGUGGAGGAGAGACUUUAAAGCCUUCUUCGCCUGAUGCGUCCGGUCACCUAGGAAAUUCUCCAAUCACGCAUUCCAGCAGUGAUUCCGAACACCAGAAACAACAAGAUGUCGCGAAGUCUUCUCGUUCUGAGGAAGGAACAAAUGAUAGUCCCGAGUCGUCGCAUGGUAGCGGUGGAACUCUAAAACAAGCAACACGAACAGAUCUGCCCGCAGCGCUGCAGCGGUCUUCAACCGUCAAGGGCAAGGUUUCGGCGUCUGGCCUCACGAAAACCUCCCCUUCAAACUAUCGUCACUUCCCCUCAGAACACCAUUCUGGUCAGCGUGAACGGCGAUUCUCAACCGUUAACAAAGUCAACCCACCUUCACGUAAUUCAUCCUCCCAUCCAGUUGAUGCAUCUCAUCCACCAAAUCCUGAACUGCAACAUCCUGUACCUCGACGUAACACUCGGCAGCAGCAUACCCAAGACGCAGAAGGGAAUAAUCGUACCAGCAGUCAUGGUUCUAGGACUUCACUCGAGGUUGACGAGUCUGGUAUGCGAUCACUUAUCAGUGAUAUGAGUGGCAUCGUUCUUCUUGGUGAAGCGGGAUCAUGGGGUUCCAUGGGUGGUUCUGGAGUUUCUGGAUCCAAGGGUACUGAUGGCGGUACCGGGACGACAGGAACGGUCGAUAGCGCGUCGAUAGAUAGUGGGCAUGCGACUGGUGGUCGUGGACAAGGUGAUGAAAGGCAAGUAACAAAAGCGAGUCUAGCCGCGAAGCAUGGUGCAAGGCAGACAAGUCGACAGGAUUCUGUGCGGAGCUUCAUUCAAUCACAGGCGGGUACGACAAACCUGCAGGACCCCAAUGCUCCCACUCUAUCGCCUAUGCCAAGUGGUUCCCCUCCCGCGGAAGGUAGCCAGGAUGCAACUGUCUCUAUGGAGGAUAGUGCAAAUAACGAGAAGCAACGAGAGCAGCAACAGGAAGAGGGAGAAGCAGAGCAACAGGGAGAAGAGGAGAAUGGACAGGUGGAACAGCCCGUCGCCGCUUCUGCGGAGGAUGCGGAAAAUCCUGAUGAACCUGCUGUCACCAUGCGUUUUGAGCAUGUCGUCACUGAAGAGGGACAUCACAUCGUCGCUGGGCGAGAGGGCAGGUUGAGGAGAUGUCAGGAUGAGCCGAUCACGACGCCAGGUGCUGUGCAAGGGUUUGGUGUGUUAAUGGUUUUAGAAGAGGAUUAUGAGACGGGUAACCUCGAGAUCCGUCAGGUUUCUGAGAAUUCAACCGAGAUACUAGGUCUAUCGCCCAAGUAUCUGUUCAGACUUGAUUGCUUUACCCGAUUAUUAUCAUCAGACCAGGAGACUAUUCUUCGCGACACUCUUGAAUACCUGCCCGAAAGCUAUGGUGGAUCAAACAGCGUUGAAGAUAGCGGUCCCUCAGUAUUCCUGCUAUCUGGAUUUGGUGAACCAGGGAGCGGUGUUGAAGAAGGUGAGACCGAAGGCGGACCCGAGACUGAAGUGAGAUCUACUGCGUCAAGCGCUGGCGGCAAGAGAAAAGAAUGGACUUGCUGGGUUGCGGCGCAUAGGCCAGAGCACCGAGGCUGGAACAAGGUCAACGAAAUAGGAGAACCAAUCCCACCUCCAGAUUGGAUCAUCCUUGAAUUUGAACUCGAGCGAGACGUCUACAACCCCCUCGUUCACCCUUCUGAGAACGCCGAAACUUCUACAGCCGCUGCGAACUCUAAUGCCCGAUCGCUCCGUCCUGACUCUACAGCAGCUUCCGUCUCUGCAUCCGGCUCCAAUUCCAACAGUAACACUCUUAGCGCAAGUACUCGGUCCGGUGAGCGUACACUCGACAGUCUUACAAGCACUCUUGCAGGAGGCAGAGCUGGCGUCUCCGCUGGAUUAGGCCCUGGCACAGCGAGCUCUGAUGCAUCUCCUGGAGAUUUGGGUUCAUCGGCCAGUGACUUUACUAGCGUUCCAAAACAAGAAGCGCGUAUGGGUCUCGAUGGGCUCGAAAUGCACAUCCCGCUGGAAAAGAUUUUGGAAAGUACUACCAACCAUGCCAGCCCUCUUCGUGCAUUGGAGAGAAUGAGAGGUACAACUGUUAAUGCGUCAAAUGAAGCGCGAUCGCGGGGACGAGGUCGAGGGCGAGGGCGAGGUGGAAGACAAAGACCUAUCAGGACGGAGAGUGGUGGGACGGGCACAAUGGAUAUCUUUGCCGUACUCGGCCAGAUCAACGAUCAACUUGUUGCCGCUCCCGACCUCGACACUUUUCUCAAAGUUGCCGUUGGUCUUAUGCAAGAUAUUUGCCGCUUCCAUCGUGUUCUCAUCUACCAAUUCGACGAGCAGAUGAACGGCUUGGUCGUGUCAGAGCUUGUAGAAUGGGGAAAGACGACGGACCUGUACAUGGGUUUAAGGUUUCCGGCCACAGAUAUCCCACCUCAGGCGAGAGAGUUGUACAAGAUCAACAAGGUUAGGAUGCUGUAUGAUAGGAGUCAAACUACAGCGAGGAUGGUUUUGAGGAACAAGGAGGAUUUGGAUCAGCCGUUGGACAUGACACAUUGUUAUUUGCGAGCUAUGAGUCCGAUCCACUUGAAGUACCUCGGAAACAUGAGCGUACGAUCCUCCAUGUCAAUCUCCAUCAUGGCAUUUGGUCAGCUCUGGGGUCUGAUCGCCUGUCAUUCAUAUGGUCAACAUGGCAUGCGAGUGUCUUUUCCUGUCAGGCAGAUGCUUCGUCUCCUUUCCGACUCUAUCUCGAGAAACAUUGAAAGGUUGAGUUAUGCUCAGAGACUGCACACUAGAAAGCUUAUCUCUACUAUCCCCGACCGGUCCCAUCCUACGGGUUAUAUCAUCUCCGACGCAGGUGACUUAUUGCAGAUCUUUGGGGCUGAUGCAGGUUUGUUGGUCAUUGGUGACGGGUGCAAGCUCCUUGGGCAUAACGAGCAAGGUCAAGCGAUGCUGGCUAUUGCCGAAUACCUGCGUAUCAAGCGAUUCGACAACCUCAACGCAUCUUCUUCUAUCCAACGCGAUUUUCCUGACCUUGUCCUCCCUCGAGCUUCUGACACCAUUGCCGGUCUCCUCUACGUUCCUCUCACCGCCAAAGCUGGACAAGAUUUCAUUGUUUUCCUGCGCAAAGGCCAAGUCCGAGAGGUUCAGUGGGCUGGUAAACCUUACAAGGAUGACAAGGCUAGUGAAGAGGCGAGUCUUGAGCCGCGGAAGUCAUUCAAGGCUUGGACGGAAACGGUCACUGGCUGCAGUCGAGCAUGGACAGACCAUCAGCUAGAGAGUGCCGGGGUACUCGCGUUGAUCUACGGAAAGUUCAUUCAAGUUUGGCGAGAAAAGCAAACAGCCAUGGCCUCCAACCAGCUUACGGCGAUCUUGCUCUCCAAUACAAGUCAUGCUGUACGAACUCCUCUCAGUCAGAUCAUCAACACGCUCGAGUUGGCUUUGGCUGGGAAUAUUGAUGACGAUGUACGUAAGAUGUUGGAAAACAGUCACCAAGCCUCAAGAGCAUUGUUGUUCCACGUUCAUGAUUUGCUCGAUUUGACUCGUAUAGAGACAGGCAACGAGACCGCUUUUAACGACCCCUUUGACAUCCGGCAAUCCAUUUCCGACGCUGUUCGAUUAUACCAAACAGAAGUUGCCCGACGAGGGCUUGAAUUUCGUGUCAACAUGGCCGAAGAUCUCCCUCAGUAUGUCGUUGGUGACUCUCGCAAAAUCAAGACCGUCAUUUCCAACUUGGUUGCCAACUCUGUCAAGUUUACUGAAAAAGGAUUCAUCGAGGUGUAUUGUGGUAUUCAACGACCUUUUGAUGGAGAGUCUAGCCAGACGAGUCUCACGGAGUCUAAGGAAGGGAACACAAUUACGAUCGAGAUCGUAAUCAGCGACUCUGGUUGUGGUAUACCUACAGUUCAGUUAGAGGAGAUGUUUUUCACUCUCGAAGGUGCUGAACCUUUGCAGAAGAACACUGGCGUCGGCCUUGGUCUUGCAGUCGUAGCGCGUAUUGUGGAGCAACUCGAGGGUCAACUCCGUGCUGAGUCAGAGGUUGGCGUUGGAACCAGGUUCUACUUCAACGUUCCUAUGGUCGCACACCCAAGCGGAAGGCCAGGUUCACGCCAAUCCUCUCACAAUUCUCGUAACACCAAUUCGAGUCAGUUGCGAACUCGUACAGGGAGCUCUGGUUCCAAGUCCGACUCAGUUGUGUCUCUUCGUUCCGAUGGUUCUGGGGUACCUGAAAUUGAAUCCUUCGUUCAAGACUUUGGCGGUAGUCAUUUACCUGCACCAGUGGGUGAUGAUGACCCGCGGUUGUUGGAGGCCCAAGAGAGGAUGAGUAGAUUGGGAACGUUCCCAGUGACAGAUUCGAGUUACCCUGUCCGGGCUACUAAGGUUAACACUGACGACCAGCACGUGAAGUCUCCAAAGCCGAAAAAGCCACGAUUCACCGCCAUUGGGUCCUCUGAACGUUCCACUUCCCGCCACAAUACCACUUCUAGCAAGACCUCUUCCGCUAGUCAAUCCCCGGCCUUUUCUCGACCAUCGUCAAAUUCCGUUCAGGGUCCUAAGCGCAACAAAAAGGGACCAAACGGUAAGACAGUGAUGAGAAUAAUGGUAGUUGAAGACGAUCCGAUCAAUUCGCAAAUCUUGCAGAAGAGGUUGAAAAUGGACAAGCAUGUUGUUGUGGCUGUUACGAAUGGGCAAGAGGCAGUGGACCAGUUGGAGAAGGACAGAGAUAUCGAUGCGAUAUUGAUGGAUAUACAGAUGCCCAUCAUGGAUGGUCGAACAUCUGCAAAGGAAAUUCGUGAACUUGAAGCUAGAACUCCCCAACCAGAUGAUAUUGAGCCAUUCAAGGUUGAUGGGCGGACCCCCAUCUUUGCCGUCUCGGCGAGCUUAUACGAGGAUGAUAGGGCGAAUUUGGCAGAGAACUUUGAUGGAUGGUUAUUGAAGCCUCUGGACUUCUCCCGCGUUCGUGCAAUUUUAGAGGGGUUGGAGAGCUCAGAGAAGCGAGUAGCUGAGGUGUAUCAGCAAGGCAACUGGGAACGAGGUGGAUAUCUAAAGGCCGCGCCUUUGCCUGCCUCCUCUUCUGCCUCUACCCCUUCAACCACACAAUCUUCUCCCUGUACGAGCACCUCAUAAACCCAAUAUUUGGUUAUUUUGUAUCUCUUUCUCAUGGCGAAUAAAAAGCAUACUUCUUGAUACUCCUCAUUCGUAUAACCCUCAGACGGAUCUCAAGGUGCAUCGUAGAAACUUGUAACACUAGGUCAACCACUUUUAGAACGAGUUUUUUAAAGGGUAACAGUAGUUAUUUUGAACAUUUUUAUUUCGGAAUCCAUAGACAUUUUUAUUUCCACCCUCAUGCCUGCGUGCACGAAUAUUUUUGAAUGAUUGAAACGCCGUCAUGCACGAGUAAAUGAUGAC